CAACCAUAUCCGGUCUUUUGGAUCGUGAAGUGUAACGAUGGCGGUCGGUAAAAAUAAGGGUGUCUCUAAAGGAGGCAAGAAAGGCUCGAAAAAGAAGGUCGUGGAUCCGUUCACGCGCAAGGACUGGUACGAUGUGAAAGCCCCGAACAUGUUUAAGAACCGUCAGGUCGGUAAAACCCUGGUUAACCGUACCCAGGGCACGCGCAUCGCUUCGGACGGUCUCAAGGGCCGCGUGUUUGAGGUGUCGCUCGCCGAUCUGCAGAACGAGCCCGAUGCGGAGAGAUCUUUCCGCAAGUUCAAGCUGAUCGCCGAGAGUGUGAACGGCCGUGAUGUGCUUACCAACUUCCACGGCAUGGACCUGACGACCGACAAGCUGCGCUCCAUGGUGAAGAAAUGGCAAACCCUGAUUGAGUGCUCCGUCGAUGUAAAGACCACCGAUAACUAUCUCCUACGUGUGUUCUGCAUUGGAUUCACGAUUAAGGAUUCGGUGUCGCAGCGCAAGACCUGCUACGCUCAGCACUCGCAGAUCAAGAACAUCCGCUCGAAGAUGGUUACCAUCAUCAAGCGUGAGGUCUCGAGCUCUGACCUCAAGGGUGUCGUCGAGAAGCUGCUGCCCGACUCCAUCGCCAAGGAUAUCGAGAAGGCGUGCGCGAUUGUGUACCCGCUGCACGAUGUGUUCAUCCGCAAGGUGAAGGUGCUGAAGAAGCCGCGAUUCGAUCUUGCUGGUCUGCUGGAACUGCACGGUGAUGGUGGUGGCAAGGCCGCGGAAGUGUCGACCGGUGCUGCCGAAGGUGGCGUUGUCGUCGACCGUCCGGAAGGAUACGAACCACCGGUACAGGAGUCCGUCUAAGCAUCUCGGUGUGAAGGAUUCAUUAUCUUUAAAUGAUGGUUCUCCGUGGAACGCACCGGCUCGCCGCUGUAUUUCCCGUCGAUGGUGCGCCCGGUCUGUACCAAGUAACGUUCCAUAAGUUCGACGAAGGGAGGAUGUUUUUGAAGGAAGCAAAAUAGAAAACAGGCGAGACAAGAAAAGGUGGAUUAAAUACAGCCUACAAAGCGUUGUGUACGGAAGAAAAUGAAUGUUAUGUUUUGAUAUG